AUGGAGUUUCUUGUAUAUCUUAUUCGUUUGUUCGCCACACUCAUCGGGGUGCAUUUGGUGGGUAAAAAUCGUUUCAUAGACGAAUACUGGCAGCGGUCCGUACAGCUCGGAGCCUUUGAAAAUGCUUGGGAGGCCAUUGGAAAUGAAGGAGUAUACUACCUCAUGCUUGGAACAAGUCAUCCUCCAUACGAUUGUGUUUCUAUAAAUGUAACAGCGGUGUUUCCUAAGAUCGCAAUUCAUUAUGAAGUUACAAAGUAUAAUGCAUCAUUCACAGUAAAUGAGACCUACACCGGAACAGCUCUUAUUCAUAAAGACGUACGAGGCGUAGAAAGUACUAUUGAAUGGAUUAAAAACGGAACAGGACGCAGAGAGCAAACCCAGGUUUUGUACACAGACAAAUACAACAGCUGCUAUGUACUGUACUACACCUGCACUGGUGAUUAUGAACUCUGGGUACAUGAAAAUGAGACCGACUUCAUUCCCAGAUGCUGCGAGUUUUCUUUCGUAUUCGUCACCUACGAACUGGAGACGUACUAUAACUUCAACAAAACAAUCUGUAAGACAUGA